UCACUGGCGGGGGGGUGCCUGACGUCACGGGGAGGAAGGGGAGGAAAUGACGUCUCUCGUGGAGGGGAGGCCCCGCCCCCCACGAAAGUGAAGGAGGAAAAAAAACCUUGUUUGUGUGUCGGACCCGGAGAGUCGCUCCCCUCCCCUCAGCCCCCACCACCAUGGCGACCCCUGCCAACGCGCAGAGUGCCAGCAAGACCUGGGAGCUGAGUCUGUAUGAACUGCACCGGACCCCCCAGGAGGCCAUCAUGGACAGCACGGAGAUCGCGGUGUCCCCGCGCAGCCUGCACAGCGAGCUGAUGUGCCCCAUCUGCCUGGACAUGCUGAAGAACACUAUGACCACCAAGGAGUGUCUGCACCGCUUCUGCUCCGACUGCAUCGUCACCGCCCUGCGCAGCGGGAACAAGGAGUGCCCCACCUGCCGGAAGAAGCUGGUCUCCAAGCGUUCGCUCCGCCCCGACCCCAACUUCGACGCCCUCAUCUCCAAGAUCUACCCGAGCCGGGACGAGUACGAGGCGCACCAGGACCGCGUGCUGGCCAAGCUGAGCCGGCUCCACAACCAGCAGGCGCUCAGCAGCAGCAUCGAGGAGGGGCUCCGCAUGCAGGCCAUGCACAGGGCGCAGCGGGUGCGGAAGCUGCACCAGGAGUCCGAUAACACCACGUUCAGCGGGGGGGAGGACAACUGCGACAGCCGCUCCCACCUGAGCAACGCCUCGGCCCCCAGCCACCCCGAGGCCGGCCCCAGCCGCAAGCGCUCACGCGCCUCCGACGACUCGGGGCCCGAGCCCGACCCUGAGACCUCGCACGACGGAGGGGGCUGCGGGACCCCCGAGCCGGGCGCGGAGCCGGGCAGCAGCGAGAUCGAACUCGUCUUCCGCCCCCACCCCGUGCUGGUGGAGAAAGGGGAAUACUCCCAGACCAGGUACGUGAAGACGACGGCUAACGCCACGGUGGACCACCUCUCCAAGUACCUGGCCCUGCGCAUCGCGCUGGAGGAGGCGCCGGCCCCUGGCCCCGAGGCCCCCGGCCUGGAGGAUGUGAGCGAGAAGCAGUACACGAUCUACAUCACCACCUCCGGGGGGCCCUUCACGACCCUGAACGGCUCCCUCACCCUGGAGCUGGUGAACGAGAAGUUCUGGAAGGUCACCAAGCCGCUGGAGCUGUACUACGCCCCCACCAAGGAGCAGAAGUAGGGGGACCCCUCUGACCAGGACUGACCCGUCCCCCCCAUGGAACUCAGCCCGACGAUCGCCUUGCUGCUGCGCCCCCGUGUACAGCCGCUGGAGCCAGCAGGGCUGGGGCCCAGGCAGGGCCCCCAAAAAGCUGGAAACAUCCCCCCCAAGGACGGGGUGCUGCUCCCAGGACAGAUGCCUGCCCCUAAGGGGCUGUGUAGGGGCACCCCUAGAUUCUGCUUUGUCCCCUCUGCACAGGGGUGCCACCUGCUGCUUCCCCCCAUGCUGGGGGUGGGAUUCGCUUUGGGGGCUUUUCAAAGUGGUUCUGCUGUUUGUGGCUCAUUAAGCAAUUUGGGUCUUU